CACGAGAUAAUGACACACUUGGCGGCCUCCACCCGUCCCGGGCCUUAUCGGCGGCCCCAGGCCCUGCUUGAGCGCCACUCGGUGUCAUGGGUCCUCGCAGGCGCUAGAGCUCGCGAACCCCGAUGUGGACGCCGGUGCGGCGCAGGUCCGCUUGGCUGGGGACACUGCGCGGCGCCGUCCCACGGGCACCCGAGGCUGGGGGUGGGGCGGCGCGUGCGCACAAGGCCGCGGCGGGAAAUUGGAACUCGGCGGGCGGCGCCGCGGGGCUCCGGGACAGACCCAGCAUGGACGCGGCGACCCGCCUGGCCCAGCGGCUUCGGGCAGCGUUGCGGGAGACGGAGCCGCGGGCCGUGGAGGAGCUGCUGAGCCGCGGCGCCGACCCCAACCUGCUGCUCGCGGAUGGCGCGGCAGCCGUGCACCUGGCGGCGAGAGCCCGCCACCUGCGCGGUCUGCGGUGUCUGGAAGCCCUGCUGAGCCGAGGCGGGGACGCCAACGCUCGUUCGGUCGAGGCACUGACGCCGCUGCACGUGGCUGCCGCCUGGGGUUGUCGCCGUGGCCUGGAGCUACUGCUGGGCCACGGAGCGGACCCCGCGCUGCGAGACCAGGACGGACUGUGGCCGCUGGACCUGGCAGAACAGCAGGGGCACCAGGAUUGCGCGGGACUCCUUCGGGAGUUCCAGACUCGGACCCAGAUCUUGACCCCCACCCGGACAGAGAGCCAGGAGCCUGAGCCUGAGCCCGAGCCUGACGGCCCAGACCCCUGGGGAAAGGGGUUGGACACCAGGCCCUCUGGACCUCCCAGUGUGACGCCGGGCUCCACAGCACUGGGUGGAAGUGAUGACAGGGACAUGGGCCUGGAAGCCAGCCCCAGACUCCCCAGCCUUCUUGCCCACCCUGAGAUUGCUGACCAGGAUAGCGGCUUGGAGCAACCCCCAGGACAAUGGGACUACAGCUCAGAUAGCUCCUUUGUCACUGCGAUUGAAGCUUCUGGAACUGAAGACCCAGCCCCACAUACCUCCUCCUGGGCUAGGUCACUACCCCAGACCAAGCAGGGACUCCUGCCUGGUAUUCGACCUUCCCAGAGGAUGCCCAGCUCUCCAGGUACCCCUCCACUGGUGCAUCGAACUGCCAGAGCAGACAGGGAGGCAGAACUAAAUACCCGUCUCCAGGCCCUAACUCUGACCUCUCCAGAUGCCUCCCCCUCCCUCAUAUCCCUCCCGGAUGGGAACCCUGCCUCAAGCCCCCCUCAGGAAUCACCGCCAGGACUCCCCGACUCCCGCUUCCUAAAAGAUGGAGAGGUGUCCCUCGACAGUGAUGUGGCUGCCCUCUGGCUGACAGAGGACGAGGGGAGCUCCACAGGUGACAGGGACCCCAUCCCCUCUUGCUGGUGCCCUCUGGUCCCUGCGGUGUCUGACCUGGAUUUGCUGCGAGGGCUCCGAGCACUUGGCGAGAGCCCCGGCCCCAUCACACCCUUCACUCGGCCGUACUACCUCCGGCGGCUGGAAGAAACCCGUGCUGCUGCUCCUGACUUUGCAGGGCACAGCCCAGAGCUGGCCGAAGCCCUGCGGACAGGCUGUAUCCCAGAUGCCCAGGCAGACGAGGACGUACUGGCCCAGCAGUUUGAGCAGCCAGAUCCCAAGAGCAGGUGGCGGGAGGGGCUCGCGAAGUCCAGUUUCACGUAUCUGCUAUUGGACCCCAGGGGGACUGGCCCUGUCUGGAUACAACCUUCUGUAUAUAGAAAAGGUUGGUUAGACCCAGUUCAAGCUGCUGAGUAUCCCUGGGGAGCAUCCGCCACUCUCUACCUUAGAAAAUGGGGCUCACUGGACAUGGAUUCUGGUUGCUCUGUAAACUUAGAAACUGUCUCCGGGGCAAUUGUCCUCUCUGAGCAACUUCCCUCAUCCAGGGAGACUCAGGACCUGCCAGCUCGCGCCUUCUCACUGACCCCAGCUGAACGCCUUCGGAUCUUUGUCCGUGCCAUCUUCUAUGUGGGGAAAGGAAUGCGGGCCCGGCCAGAUGUCCACCUCUGGGAGGCCCUCAGGCUUCGUCAGCAGCCAGGAAAGCAGGCCUGCCCCAAAGUGCGCCAGAUCUUGGACAUUUGGGCCAGUGGCCGUGGUGUGGUCUCCCUACAUUGCUUCCAACACGUGGUUGCUGUGGAGGCUUAUACUCGAGAGGCUUGUCUCGUGGCUGCUCUAGGGAUCCAGACACUGACGAACCAGAAACAAGGACACUGCUACGGAGUCGUGGCGGGCUGGCCAGCCACCCGGCGCCGCCGCUUGGGGGUACACCUGCUACACCGCGCCCUCCUUGUCUUCUUGGCCGAGGAUGGAACUUCUGGAGCUUCCCGUCAUGGGAGAACAAGUAGGGAACCCAAGGAUCUCUGGAACAUUCCAGGGCUUCAGAAGGUGCUAGUGCUUUGGCAGUUUGGUCCUGUCUUUGUGAUCCACUUUUAUCUCCCAGAAAUGGGGACUCACCUGUGGGAUGGGCUGGGGAAAUUGGCCAAGCUCAAGAGAGAUUUCUCUGCUUCCCAGCUAUGGGACCUCGGACCAAUAACGUGUCUCUCUGAGACUCUGUUUCCUUAGCUGUACAGUGGGGACAAUGACAAGUCCUACCUCAGGGGGUCAUGGUGGAGACCGGAGUAAACAAAGGCAGGAAAUACAGUGUGGGGCACAGAACCCUGCAGGUGGAAAAUCUCCCCGAAGGGAGGCGCCCUGACGCUGUUGAGGGGCCGACUGUGUGUGGCGAGCUGUGGGCAGAGCCCGGGAGGGCGACUGGGGUAUGGGCGAGCGAGCAGCUCUCUUCAGGAUAGCUGUGCUACUCGGUUCUCCCUUGCUUCUCUGAGACUGUUUCUUCCCGCUAUAAGAGGCAAUAAAUAACCGCGAUUUCCUGGGGAUGCUAUGCGAUUUCAGACUUCCCAUAUGUUAAGAGCUUUAGUAAAUGCCAAGCUGCCAUCCUGGU